GAAUUCUCGAGACAGUAAAGAGACCGAAUCGAAGAGGAGAUCGCUUAGGUUGGAAAAAUCUUUUGAAUAGCGAAAAGUCAGAAGGUUUUAGUACAUUAUUCGCCUACAACAUGUUAAAGUAUUUUCUAAUCUGGAGUUCCGUAGGAUUUUUAGUGUGUGUGGCUCAUAUCACAUUCACGAAUUUUAAGUGUAGCUUGGCAAAUGAAACUAAUGGCGAAAUCAAACUGUGCCGCAUCAAAGCUGUUAAUCGGACCCACAAAUAUCUUUCUUUGCAUCUAAGUCUUAAUACGGUUCUUGAUAAUUUGAAUGGAAACUUGAAGCUAAUGCGCUUCGACAAUGGCUACAAGCCAUUUUUCAUUGAUAUAACCUAUGAUCUCUGCAAGUUUCUGAAGGAUCCACAAAAUGUCAUCGUAAUGGCAUUUUAUAAUACGUUUAAAGAGCGGUCCAAUAUGAAUCAUACCUGUCCUUAUGAACACGACAUUAUUGUCGAUAAAGUGUGGACGGGAAAUCUUGAGCAGGGUUUUGCCAGAUUUUUACCAACACCAAAUGGCGACUUUGCAAUUUUCUUGACUUUUUACACAAAUAAUAAAUGUGUGGCUCAUAUCACAUUCACGAAUUUGAAGUGCAGCUUUGCAAAUGAAACUAAUGGCGAAAUCAAACUGUGCCGCAUCAAAGCCGUCAAUCGCACUCACAAAUAUCUUUCUUUACAUAUAAGUCUUAAUACGAUUCUUGACAACUUGAAUGGUAAUCUGAAGCUAAUGCGCUUCGACAAUGGCUAUAAACCAUUUUUCAUUGAUAUAACCUAUGAUAUUUGCAAGUUCCUGAAGGAUCCACAAAAUAUCUUCGUAAAGGCGUUUUACAAUACGUUUAAAGAGCGGUCCAAUAUGAAUCAUACAUGUCCUUAUGAACACGACGUUAUUGUUGAUAAAGUGUGGACUGGAAAUCUAGAGCAGGGUUUUGGCAGAUUUCUGCCAACACCAAAUGGCGACUUUGCACUUCUCUUCACUCUUUACACAAAUAAUAAUGCUUUUGCGCAUUUUAAUCUCUAUUUAAGAAAGACUUAG